GGCGGUAACGGUCCUUCACAUUCAGACGCCAUCUUGCCAGAAUGUAAAGCGAAGAAGAAGAACGUGAACCAUGAGAGAACCUGCCCCGCAGCGACAACCGCAAGUAUGAUGAGAAAUAGCGGGGACUAUGACUCACUUUCGUGGUCAGAUACGGGGGCCACACUGGGGGCCCACAAUGGACAACAUGCUGAUAGAUUUCUGGCGCAGACAUGAAUGUCUGUUUAACUCCUCGGCUGAUUCUUACUACGACAAAGAUGUAAAGACAAAACUGUGGACUGAGUUUGCCUUGUCCAUCGGAAAGUCAGAAGACACAACUGAAGGGAAAAUACCCCAAGAACAAACAGAAACUGAAGACGGAAGCAGUAGCGGCCUGGCAGAGCAUCACGAGGAACCAAACGCAGCAUCUGGUGAUGUCUAUGGGUUCCAGACUUCAUACUGUCAAUGACUGCAAAGGAUUUGCAACCAGAUUCAAGAACCAAAUAUUAAUAUCAGAUGUUGAGAGAAGGUCCAGAUCACUCAGGACUCAGUAUGGGAGGGUGUUAUGGCAUCCAGAGAAGGUCAACACUGUCCAGCAAAAGAUGCUUAGGGAGAAGCUUGAUUUUUUGCGACCUUACAUAGUUCGCAGGAGAGGUGAAACAUGUCUGGAAGAAAAGUGUAACGAUCAAGAGGAGGAUGAUAAGGAGUUGGAGACUGAGGAAUGCGUUGAUCCAGAGAUGGGAAGCUCGUUAGGCAGCCCACUGGAUGCUGAUGUGACUGGGCAAGACCUGGAUGAUGAACUGCAGCCUCUUGGUUCUAUCCCAAACCUUGCCUCCCUGCAUUGUUCAAACCCACAGACUCAGGUCACAGAGGUGAAGUCUAUCAGCUGCCCACAGUGUCACGAUGGAGAGGACUCCCCUGAUCAGCCUGAAACUGCUGCACUAGACACUUCCAAACAUGACAUACUGAACCAGUUCAUGGAGGUUAUGAUGUCCGACAUGCGUCAAAUUAAAGACCCCAUGGUACUCAUGAGACUCCGCCGAGACAUUACUGACCUGGUGUUCAAAGCAGUGGAGGAGGAUACGCGGAGGAGAUAUAUUCGAGUGCCGUCCACGGCCAUGAUGGGGGACAGCACACAGAGCGACUCAUGUCCUCAGGAGCUGCGUUCACUGACAAACAUCUCUUGGAGACAGAGAUCUUUGAAGAGAAAGAACCAAGUGUGUGAGACUGAGAGGAGGAUGCAGAAAUGGGAGGAGAUGAAACACAUAAGGAAAAUGGCCUCACAGCUUGUCCAGCAAGGCCAAACAGUGCAGAGGAUGAGUGAAAAUGGCUGUCAGGUUCCUAUUCAAGAUUUGGAGAUCAAAAGAGAAACAGAGCCACAUGUAGUUAAGACUGAGGAAGAGCCAUUUUCAGUAGCUUGAAGGUUUACAUACAGAGUUCAUUGUUUUAGCCCUGGUUAAAGUCAGUCUGUAGGGUUUGUAAGCUACUAUUCCUGGUCAUAACAAUUACCACAGAAAUAUUUGUGUUUGUAACUUACUAGUAGCACUCUGUUGAAAGUUUUAGUAAUUAACAACAUUUAAACUAGUAAAAUACUGUAUAAAGGGAAUACCAAGGAAUGCUUAAGACUCAUCUCUGCUAUUGCAAAGAUAAAAUUUCUCAAUCUACGCCUCAAGUGUACAAUUUAACUUGUGGAUAUUGUACAUCUAGAAAAGUUACAGCUUAGGAAGUGUCAUCCCUUUUUGCACAACCCUGAGCUUUAAGCGCAAGGUGCUGGGCACUGUGUGAGCCUACUGAGGUAGAUGAAGCCUAAUAAAUGUUUUGAUGUUCUGCUCUCAUUAAAGAAAAAAAUACUUGUUUUCACUGUU